GCGGAGGAGAAGCGGGAGGCCGAGCAGCUGCAGGCGGAGCGCCGCGAGGCGGAGCGCCGCGAGGCGGAGCGCCGCCAGGCGGAGGCCCCGCCCGAGAGGGACGCCGACGAGGUGGUGCAGGCCCUCGUCGCCCUCCGCAGGCUCCACCUGGAGGCGGACCCGGGCAGGCUGGCGACCUGCCUGCAGACGCUCAAGGCCUACAUAGGCCCGGGUUGGGGCCCCGCCGUCCCUCGAAAGUUCCACCGCAUCAGGGCGGACAACGCCGCCUUCCGCGAGCGCGUCGCGGCUCUCGAGGGCGCUCCCGCCGUGCUGCGCGCCUGCGGCUUCGCGCCGGAGGAGGGCGGCGCCGCGUGGGUCGUGGACCCCGCGUUCCUGCGGACGAAGGGCCCGCGGCUCUGGGACGCCCUGGCGAAGGUGGAUGUGAUGCUGGAGCAGGCCGGCCGCAAGGCAGCCGGAGUUCCUCUCUUGAACAGGUGGACCCGCAGGAUGAGGAGGAGGCAGUAGAGGGUGCGGAGGAGGUGAAUGAAUCCGACUCUGCGUGUGCCAUUUUGUACGGUUGUGUGCCCUGCUCUUCCCUAUGUGCGUUGGCAGGGAGCUUCAGUGUAGCCAUGUUGCUUCACAAGGACGCUAACUUAUGUCCGUUGCUGCUUAAAACAUGCUCGCUGUUGGCGGCCUACCUCCUGGCUACCGUUGGCUGG